AUGUUGGCUCUGGUAAUCGCAGUCUCGGCGGUGUUGGCCACUGGUUCAGCACAGAGCGCCACUAACAGAUUCCCAGACGGGUUCUUGUUGGGCGCUACCACGGCAGCCUAUCAGAUAGAAGGAGGCUGGGACGAAGAUGGCGAAAUGUCUGAAUUUGGUGAUAUUAAAACAAGAGCGAACGUGUACCGCUUCUCGAUUUCCUGGCCACGCAUCCUUCCAACUGGGGACCUUGACGUCAUCAACCAGCCGGGUAUCGACUACUACAACAACCUCAUCAACGAGUUGCUCGGCAACGGAAUUCAGCCUCUGGUGACGAUGUACCACUGGGACCUGCCUCAAGCGCUGCAGUACCUCGGAGGCUGGCCCAAUGAGUUGAUGGCCGACUACUUUGUGGAGUACGCCAGGAUACUGUUUGAAAAUUUCGGAGACAGGGUGAAGUGGUGGAUCACGUUCAACGAACCGGCCUACUUCUCCAAUGCCUACGCGAGCGUCGGCUUCGCGCCGUCGCAGAACGCCUCCGGCAUCGGCGGCUACCUGUCCACCCACACGGUGAUCAAGGCGCAUGCGCGCGUCUGGCACCUGUACGACGAGCAGUACAGAGCGACACAGAACGUUUAUAUGCGUAUGAAGGAGCUGCGACGAAUGACUGUGUUGCAGGCUGGCAGACUUAUCGGACUGAACCACUACAGCACAGACUUCGUGACGUCGGGUGAGAAAGGCACAUCGCCGUCUAAAAGCCGCGACUCCGGCGUCGUCACCUCCCGUAACGAGGUGACCAUAACAACGUACGCAUCUGAACGCAUCUGA